UCUCACAAUCAAAGUUCUAUCUCCUCGAGUAUCAAUACAUUGAUAUCCAUUAACAAGAAAAAAAGUAUCAAUAAAUUGCUUUGCUUGUUUUGUAAGAUGCAAAUGGACAGCCCCAAAUCUCCUCUCCAGCCCCCGACCUAUGGAAACUUAGUUACAAUCCUCAGCAUCGACGGUGGCGGCAUUAGAGGGCUAAUCCCUGCCGUUAUCCUUGGUUUUCUCGAGUCCGAACUUCAGAAAUUGGAUGGAGAAGAAGCAAGGCUUGCAGACUACUUUGAUGUAAUGGCGGGAACAAGCACCGGUGGUCUGGUGACAGCCAUGCUCACCGCGCCUAAUAAGGAAGGCCGACCCUUGUUUGCAGCCUCUGAGAUUAAAGAUUUCUAUCUUGAGCAAUGUCCAAAGAUCUUCCCUCAAGAUCAUUUCCCAUUCUCGGCCGCCAAAAACCUUGUGAAGUCCUUGACUGGUCCGAAAUAUGACGGUAAAUACCUUCAUCAGCUUAUCCACACUAAGUUGGGUGAUACAAAGUUGAGUCAAACACUUACCAACGUUGUCAUUCCAACGUUCGAUAUCAAGCAUCUUCAACCUACUAUCUUUAGUAGUUAUGAGGUAAAAAAUCAUCCUCUCAAGAACGCAACCCUCGCUGACAUUGCCAUCUCAACUUCAGCUGCCCCUACAUACUUGCCUGCCCAUUUCUUCAAAGUUGAAGAUUCAACCGGAAACGUUAAAGAAUACAAUCUUAUUGAUGGUGGAGUUGCAGCUAACAACCCGGCUUUGCUGGCCAUUGGGGAGGUAACGAAUGAGAUCACAAGGGGAAGCAGUGAUUUUUUCCCAAUAAGACCAAAUGAUUACGGAAGGUUUCUUGUGCUUUCGCUUGGAACCGGAAAUCGUAAAGCGGAAGAGAAAUUCAAUGCAAAAGAAGUAGCUGGUUGGGGAUUGUUGAGUUGGUUAACACACGACAACUCUACACCUAUCAUUGAUGCUUUCUCGCAAGCUAGCUCCGACAUGGUUGAUUUCCAUCUCUCUGCCGUUUUUCGAGCUCUUCAUUCCGAAGCCAACUAUAUUCGCAUCCAGGAUGACACAUUAACUGGAGAUGCUGCUUCUGUUGAUAUCGCUACCGCCGAGAAUCUUGACAUUCUUGCCAAGACAGGAGAUGAACUACUCAAAAAACCUGUUGCAAGAGUCAACCUAGACUCGGGUUGUAACGAAAAUGCUUAUGAAACGACUAAUGAACAUGCUCUUAUAAAGUUAGCAGGAAUACUUUCAAAAGAAAAGAAGAUCCGAGACAUGCGAUCACCUCAUGCAAAAGCUCCAAUUACGAUCUAAAUAGAAUAAUAGAUCAUUAUUUUAUCUUUUUCAAUUGUUGAAGAUUCGUUUGUUUUACUAAUGUUUGGAUUUAUAUUAUUAAAAAGGUUGCACCACAUUGUGGUCACUUGUACGUUUGAAUAAAGUCAAUAAGAUGUU